GUACUUAUCUCACAGCGGUGACCUCGUGUUUUACCCUAGAAGUAGUCCUGGAAGACUUGCAGUGGUACUAGUCCUGCUUUGCUCUCCCUCCUCUCUCUCUCCCCACUGCCGAUUUCAGAACGCCUGCCUGCCUGCCUGCCUGCCUGCCUGCCUGCCUUCAAGUUCUAAGGUCUCAUUUCGCUAUCAAAGAUUCAAUCUUAAUCUCUGGGAAGUGGAAAUGGAAGUGGAAGGAGAAGGGUUUAAUUAGUUUUGGAAGAAGGAAAAGAAGCUGGACAGAUUCGGAGUUGCUAUCGACAAUCAGCAAGACAAGAAGAAGAAGAAGAUAAAGAGCAUAAAGACAAGAGAGCCAUGGUGAGUUCAAUUCUACCGAUGGGGCGAAUUGGGAGCGAAGAAGACGAUGCAAUUUGUCCGGCUUGGCUAAAACCAAUGCUAAGAGCACACUACUUCGUCCAUUGUGAGAUUCACGGCGAUUCAAACAAGAGCGAAUGCAACAUGUUCUGCUUGGAUUGCGUGGGGCAUGCUAUCUGCCCUUACUGUUUGAUCCGUCACAAAGAUCAUCGCGUUGUCCAGAUAAGACGGUCCUCAUACCAUGAUGUGGUCAGAGUGAAUGAGAUUCAGAAGUACAUAGAUAUAUCGUGCGUGCAGACAUACAUCAUCAACAGCGCAAAGAUUGUGUUUCUGAAUGAGAGGCCGCAGCCAAGGCCCGGAAAGGGAGUCACCAACACUUGUGAGAUUUGCUGCCGAAGCCUCCUCGACUCCUUUCGGUUCUGCUCUUUGGGUUGCAAGCUUGGAGGAAUAAUGCGCGGUGACCGAGAGCUCACAUUUGCAGUGAUGAGAACAAAGCACAGCAGGGAUGGUUUCUAUGGCGGGUCAGAAUCAGAUGAAUCAACAACUCCAAAGAAGAUAACGAAGACAAUGCAUAUGUUCAACCGUCUGAUGAAUGGCAAUGCACUUAAUUACGAGCGUGGGACUCAUGUGGGGGAGAGGACUACCUCAAGUUCGGGUGAUGAGGAGGGCACUGCCAAUCUUUCUCCAUCCACUCCUCCCCUUUACAAUCACCGCAAUGCCAGAAGACGUAAGGGUAUACCUCAUCGCGCACCCUUUUGAUUAGAUUCCCAUUCCCACUACUAAGUUAGAGUAGGUAAAUAUAUAGAUACAUACACAUGUUUAUAUAGUGAAUCAUCGGCAUCGACAUACAGGUAGUUUUAAUAUGAAAGUGGGAUAAAAUAGAGGGGCACAUAUGAAGAAUCAUAUAUAGCAGUAUUAGGUGAUGGAGAAGUAGCAUGGCUUUUAAUUAUUAGCUCCGGUGGAAGGAACGGAACAGGUCGAUGGUCCCGUAAUCCAUCAGUGUCUCUGUCUGGGAUUCUAGUUUGUAAAUGAAUCAGAAGAAACCGUAGGAUAUAUAUACAACAGCUUCUAGCUGCUACCCUCUCUGGCCUGUACAGAAAUAUUGUGGGUUCCUUUCUAGUUGCUGGAAAAACAAAAUAAUGGUCGAGUUUGAGUGGCAAUAUAUGUGUGUGAAUGUAUGUAUGACAUGUACAGUAACAGAAGACAUUUUGUGCAUAUAGAUGGUGUUUUUAUGUGAAAACAAAAACAUGAUGUUCUGUUGAA